CAGCAGGACCCAACCUAGCCCAACAGGAAGACGUCAGAUUUUUUCUUUCAAUAGGAUGCUGUAGAUUUACGGCUGCUCUCAGUGAUCAUCCGAAUACAGUGCAACUAAGUUAAUACGAUGCCAUUAUUUGAUGGUUUGGGAAGUGGGGGAGAGAAAACCGCAAUUGUCAUCGAUAUCGGUGCUGCGUUCACAAAAUGUGGUUUUGCAGGCGAAACGGGGCCAAGGUUCAUAAUUCCGAGCGAAAUCCGGAAACCGGGCCAUCAACAGCCUAUCAAAGUUGUUCAGUACAACAUCAACACAGAAGAGCUUUAUGUCAUACUCAAAGAGUUUAUCCAUACACUAUACUUCAGACACUUGCUGGUCAACCCUCGAGACAGAAGAGUGGUCAUCAUCGAGUCCAUCCUCUGUCCUUCUCACUUCAGGGAGACUCUCACCAAGGUUUUCUUCAAACAGUUUGAGGUUCCCUCCAUACUCUUUGCCCCGAGCCACCUCAUGGCUAUCAUGACAUUGGGCAUCAAUUCUGGACUGGUGAUGGAUUGUGGCUACACAGAGACACUGGUGCUGCCUGUUUAUGAGUGCACUCUCAUUUUGCCAGCCUGGGAGUCUUUACCUCUGGGAGGAAAAGCCAUCCAUAAGGAGUUGGACGGACUUCUUGUGGAGCAGUGCACUGUGGACACAGAUACUUCCACUGGGCAGAGUGUACCAGCUGUCUUAGGGUCCAUUGGGGAGGAGACUGUGGAGGAUAUUAAAGUGAGGACGUGUAUUGUUAGUGACUUAAAGAGGGGUCUCAAGAUCCAAGAGGCCAAAUUUAACCUGGACGGCACAGCAGAGCGUCCAGCUCCUCCUCCCGAUGUUGAAUAUCCACUGGACGGGCAGAAAAUCCUCCACAUCAAAGGGUCGAUUAGGGACUCCGUGAUGGAGAUUCUGUUCGAACAGGACAACGAAGAAAAGAGCGUUGCUUCUCUGAUGCUUGAUGCUCUCGUUAAGUGCCCCAUUGACACUCGUAAAGUGCUCGCUGAAAACCUGGUGGUGAUUGGGGGCACGGCCAUGAUGCCUGGCUUCUUGCACCGUUUGCUGGCGGAGAUACGCCUCCUGGUGGAGAAGCCCAAAUAUAGCAACGUGCUGGCCAGCAAGAACUUCUGUAUACACGCUCCACCUGCCAAACCCAACUGCACCGCUUGGCUCGGAGGAGCCAUUUUUGGGGCCCUCCAGGACGUCCUGGGCAGUAGGUCUGUAUCACGUGAUUAUUACAAUCAGACCGGUCGCAUCCCAGACUGGUGCUGCCUGAGCUCUCCUCCUCCUGAGUCGCUGUAUGAUGCAGGAAAGACUCCUCCGCCUCUGAUGAAGAGAGCUUUCUCCACAGAGAAGUAGAGUUUGUUAUAACUCUUCCUUUCACCCUGUAAAAAAGGAAAGCAUUUAUGUAACAUCUCAACACUAGUUGAGUCCAGUAGACAAUAGGUUUUGUAUGAAGAUAUUGAGGACUGUUUGGGGAUCAGCUGAGCUGUUUCUUUUGUCAGGCACAGACUGAGCAGAUGCUGAGGUUUAACAGUGACGUGCUCCAAUGAUCCCGGUGUGAAAAUUAUUUAAUUUGCUGCACGCAGCCACAGCGUCCUUUGCCCCAAUUUCAUUAAGCAAGGCUAAGAACUUCUUUGUGCCCACAUUCCUCCUGACUCGGAGCUCUUUGUUGUUUCUGAUAUGUGGAUGAACAAGUCUCCCCCUGACAAUAAAAAACCAACAGGAUUCUGAAAUGGAAUUAAAAUGCUAUUUAUUUGCACUUAGCCUUGUGAAGUCAGUAUAAUGUAUUAAAGGUCCUGCACACUCA